UAGCGACUCUUUUAGGCUUCCAAUCACAGAGAAUCAGUCAUUGGGAAUAAAAAUAAGUAAAAAUCUAAUAUUCAGGUAAAGUGACAGUGUGCACAUUGACUGACCUCAGAGCUGUGUGACUUCUGUAUGAGCUGAUCAGACAUUACUCUCCUGUCAAAGGCAGAUACAUGGAUAUAUUGGCUGAUAAUAAAGUUCAGCAAAAAUCAAACAUUUUCCAACUGAGUUCAGGUAAUUUUCUUUAUAACAACCAAAAUAAUAAUAAAAAAAAAAAAAUAUUAUUUUUAAUAUGUGGUGCUUAAAAACUAAAUGCUACUUCUCUGCAUUUAGUCUGGAUUUUGGGGACACAAAGCAGACCUGUCCAAAUCAAAAAAACUUCCAUGAAUUAUAUAAUUGACUAACAACCUCGAGAUCUCACUAAAACAAACGUAUAAUAUCUUCAUACGAACAUAUAGAGACACAAAAAUGACUGUAAUAAUCUUAAAGUAAACGUGUUGUUCUUGUUGUAGAUAUGUGGUUUCCAGCAGACAGUGAUCUCUCCUGUCCAUGUGCUCUCUAACUGAUCCCAGAGCAGCUGAGUGUGCUGGAUAAUCUGCUCUAAUCUGAGUUAAUCCGUCCCCUCCCCCUCCUCUGUGUCCUGGCUUGGCUCGCUCUCUCUCGCUCCCCUCAGUCUGUUCUGACCUGCAGGGAUGAAGGCUGCGGCUCCAGGAGGAUUCCUGGUGCUGCCGUGGCCCGGCGGCAGCUCGGACCCGGAGCCGGAGCCGGUGGAGGAGGGCCGCGGCGGGCUGAUGCUGAGGUGCGGAGCUCUGCUGGGACUCACUCUGAUCUGUGUGGCGGUGUUGAGGAAGUGGAUUGCAGGUGGAGUGUGUCGCUGCUCAGCUCGCCUGGAUGGAAAGACGGUUCUGAUCACCGGAGCGAACACCGGCAUCGGCAAAGAGACCAGCAGAGACAUGGCACGCAGAGGUCAGACUUUAUUACCCACAUUGUGGGGACCACUGUUUACAUGGUGCCAUUGUGGGGACGUGUGAGUGUUUACACAGUUAAAAUGUGGGGACUAAUGCUGCCUUCACGUGCUCCUCGGAAAUAUCGUAUUUACGAGUUACAAGCACACAA